AAAAGCUCCCAACCCCAGCCAGCCACCACCACCAAGCUCCUUGCGCCCUUCCCUGAGCUUGAAGAAGCCAACGAGCGCGGCUCUGUUGAUUCGGUUCGAUUCGGAGGGAUUCGAGCAGGUCGGGGAUUUCAUUUGAUUGUCUCCGUCCAUGGCUCCGCCGCCGUCGCUGCUCCUCCUCCUCCUCGGCUCCCCGGCUUCGCUCGCCUUUCUCCUCCUCUCCCUCUUCCAAGGGCCGGCGGCGGUGGGCGCGAUAACCUUCACCUUCACCAACCGGUGCCCGGACACGGUGUGGCCGGGGAUCCUCUCGGGCUCCGGCACGCCACCGCUCGAGACCACCGGCUUCGCUCUAUCCCCAGGCCAGUCCCGCUCCCUCUACGCGCCCACGGGCUGGUCCGGCCGCUUCUGGGCGCGCUCCGGCUGCGACUUCUCCCCCAAAUCCGGCGGCGGCGGCCCCUCCUGCGCCACGGGCGACUGCGGCACAAACUCGCCGGAGUGCCACGGCGCGGGGGCGACCCCACCGGCAACCCUCGCCGAGUUCACCCUGGACGGCGACGGAGGGAAGGACUUCUACGACGUGAGCCUCGUCGACGGCUACAACCUGCCCAUGCUCGUCCGGCCCUCGGCGCCGGACUGCCCGGACACGGGCUGCCUCGUCGACCUCAACGACCGCUGCCCCGCCGAGCUCCGCGCCGGCGGGGCGGGCGGCCGGGCGUGCCGCAGCGCCUGCGAGGCGUUCGGCAAGCCCGAGUUCUGCUGCAAUGGCGCCUACGGCAACCCCGACACCUGCCACCCCUCGCAGUACUCCCAGCUCUUCAAGUCGGCUUGCCCAAAGUCUUAUAGUUAUGCUUAUGAUGAUGCCACUUCUACCUUCACCUGCAACCACACCGAUUAUACCAUCACCUUCUGCCCGCUCUCCGAUCCAAACAGCGGCAGAUCAGGCAAGCAUGGACUGCGGAGGCCGAGCCAUGAGCAGCUUGAAGACGACGUGUGGCUGGCGUCCCUGAAGAAGACCAGCAGCGCCGGUGCACGCACCGCUGCGCCAUGGUCGGCGCCCCAAGCUUUCCAAGCCACCCUCGCUAUCCUAGUGGUCACCUUGCUCACCGCAGCACUGAACAAUCCUCCGUUCAGCUUGCUAUGACAUGACUAUGACUGGCCGGGCAAAGGUAGGUAAGGCGAUUCUUGAGCCAUAGGAUUGAUCCAGAGAGUUGUUUUCGGACCAAGCGAGAGGAUCUGAGAGUAGGGGUGCAGACUUUGGGAUGACAUUGUUCUUCUUUAUUAGGCCUUCUUUUUGUUUUGCUGCUAGUUGGCAAUUGUAGUAGUUGUUCUACACUUGGUAUUGUUGUUCUCUGAAUUAUAUUCUUCUUUGUGCAUAGAUUUUUCAGCAUAGUUGUUUUUUGGGGUGGAA